UAGUAAUGGUAUUAUUUCAAGGGAGCAAAUUCAGGCAAUUAAAGAGUUACGGUUAAACAACGAAUUAAUUAUCUCUAGACCAGACAAAGGAUCCGGCAUAGUGUUAUUAGAUAGGGUGGAUUAUAUCUGUAAAAUGCAACAUAUCCUCAGUGAUGAACGUAAGUUCCAGAAGCUUAUGGCCGGAAAGGACAACACAGGGGAGUUAGAGAAACAGUUGGCCGGCUGCCUCAAGCGAAUGAUGCAAGCCAAACUGAUCACAAAGAGCGAAUACGAAAAGUUGAAGCCUUCAGGUGGACACCUACCGAGAUUAUAUGGCCUUCCAAAAGUUCACAAGGAAGGCGCCCCAAUGCGUCCAAUCUUGGACAUGGUGGGUUCUCCCCAGCAUUUGUUGGCCCAAUGGAUGGUGAACAAAUUGCAACCGUUACGGGAUAUGGUUUGCACUUACUGCGUGAGAGACUCCUUCGAAUUCAUUGAGAAGAUAUCUGAACUCAACUUUACUAACAAAAGGAUGAUAUCUUUUGAUGCCCAGUCGCUGUUUACAAACAUUCCCCUGCUCGAAACGGUGGAGUACGUGUGCGAGUUGACCCGGCAACUACCAAUAUACGCUAACUUUCCGGAGUAUCUGCUAAAGGAGAUACUAUUUCGCUGCACAUUAAAUGUUCAAUUCAUGUUCAAUGGUGAGAUGUACCGUCAAAUUGAUGGAGUGGCCAUGGGAUCUCCUUUGGGGCCGUUGUUGGCUGAUAUCUUUAUGGCGAAAUUAGAACAUGGCCCACUCAGGACGCACAUCUGUGGAACUGAAAUGUACAUACGGUACGUCGAUGACACCUUCGUGCUUUGCGAAUCCGAAAAGCAUGCAGAACAGUUGCUGAAGGCCUUUAAUGAUGCACAUAAUAAUCUACGCUUCACCUGUGAGCACGAAAAUAAAAACCGUUUACCUUUCUUGGAUGUAGAAGUCAUCCGCAAUUCGGACGGCUCAUGUAGCAGAAAGGUACACAGAAAGCAUACGUGGACUGGACAGUACACUAACUUUCACAGCGCGGUGCCUUUACAGCACAAGAGGAGUUUAAUACGAUCUCUUGCCUUCAGGGCGCGCAGUAUUUGCACUCCGGAUACCGUCAACGAAGAGCUACAGAGAAUCAGCGACGCCCUUCGUGAGAAUGGUUACCCUGAUAAGUUUAUCAUGAAGCAUAUGAAAGAACGCAAGCGAAAGCCACCUAGAAGCAUUGCUCCCAAGAAAGAGCUGUUCAUACAUUUACCAUUUAAGGGCGACACUGCAGCUGAUAUCCUAUCUCGACGUUUGAAAGAUGCUGUUGAGAAAACUUAUUUCGCAGCCCGCUUAAGAAUUGUUUACCACAACAAACCAUUGCUUGCAAAACCCUUGAAAGAUAGUCUGCCAUCGUUGACCCGUUCAAUGCUCGUUUAUCAGUACUCGUGCUCUUGUGGUGCACGAUACGUGGGUCGCACAACGAGACGUCUAUCCCAGAGGAUUCGCGAGCACAUCCCGGCGUGGUUUUACAAGGGCGAAAUGAGGGCCUCAGACAGCUCAAUCAUGUCACACCUCCUCGAAAGUGGCCAUACUGCAUCGGAGAAUGACUUUAAAGUCAUCUAUUCACUACCUGAACGCUUAUCACAAGGCUUCCGAAAGCAAAUCUUGUCUAUCGCCGAGGCUAUUUACAUCCAUCAUCUGAAGCCGGAAUUAUGCGUACACAAACGAUUCAUACGGCCGAUACUACUACCUUGGCCGACUGACAUGGUUACUUAACUACCCUUUGUAACCUUAGCUAUUUACUUUAGGCCCUGAAGCCUGUAUUAAUUUCCUUUGAUGCACUUUUCCUACCAUCUGUAGCCACCUUUAGUCAUCGAUCUUGACCUUUCAAACACCUAAGAAAUCAAUCCCAGCCCGAUUUGACGCUUACCCCACAUAAUCCGUGUCAUGUAAAAGUUUGGGUCUGACGAGAUUUUACCGAAAAGA